UGUAAUAAAACCAAAACAUCAUCCAUGGCCGGUUCUGCGUUAGAAAAAACGCUCAAAAAUGUGUUCAAAUUCCCUGGUUUUAAGUCAGAGCUACAGGAAAAUGCCAUUAAAGCCGUGUAUGAAGGUAAAAAGGAUGUUUUCAUAUCCAUGCCCACAGGAUCAGGCAAAUCACUGUGUUACCAGCUCCCAGCAGUCCUAGCCUCAGGAAUCACAAUUGUCUUCUCGCCACUCAUAGCUCUCAUUCAAGACCAAGUGUCCAGCCUAAAAGCACUCAAAGUCCAAGUAGAAACAUUAAAUUCCAAAAUCCCAGAAAGUGAACGUAAAAGGAUCACAAAAGAUCUUUUUACUCUGACACCUAAUGUCAAACUACUUUAUGUUACACCAGAACUUGCUGCAACACCUGGAUUCCUACAAAUCUUAAAAUCCAUUCAUAGGAGAGAAGUUUUGUCCUAUUUUGCAGUAGACGAGGCCCACUGUGUCUCACAGUGGGGACAUGACUUUCGACCAGAUUAUCUCAAGUUAGGAAGUCUUAAGACUACAUUUUCAGAUGUGCCAUGGAUUGCCUUGACAGCUACGGCAACUGCUCGUGUGAAGGAGGACAUCUUGAGUUCUCUGAGUUUUAAUCCAGAAUCAACUGCAGUUUUUAAAACACCUUGCUACAGGCCUAAUCUUUUCUAUGAUGUUAGUUUUAAAGAACUAUUACAUGAACCUUAUGAGGAUCUGAAGUCCUUUGCUGAGUCAGCAAUUCAUUCCCAAGAAUCUUCAAAGGGUAGUGGUAUCGUGUACUGUAGGACUAGAGAUGCAUGUGUUGAAGUUGCAUCCAGGCUAACAAGAAAGGGACUACUGUCAAAGCCAUAUCAUGCAGGUCUAAAGCCAAGCAACAGAGAAGAAGUUCAACAAGAGUGGAUGGAUGGUAAAGUGGCAGUGAUUUGUGCUACCAUCAGUUUUGGCAUGGGUGUGGAUAAGGCUAAUGUUAGGUUUAUUGCUCACUGGAACAUGCCGCAAUCAAUGGAGGGUUACUAUCAAGAAUCUGGCAGGGCUGGAAGAGAUGGCAAACCAGCAUUUUGUCGUCUUUACUACUCAAGGAGUGAUAGAGACCAGGUUUGCUUUCUUAUCAAGAAUGACAUGAAAAGAAGAGAAAAAAAGAAGAAUGCUGCCCAAAAAAACAAAGCCGUACAAAAAAGUUUUGAAGCUGUAGUGAAAUAUUGUGAGGAACCAAGUUGCAGACAUGGAAAGAUUGCAUCAUAUUUUGGUGACACCAAACCAAAGUGUAACAAGGGAUGUGACUGCUGCAAGAAUCCUCGAUUCGUAUCUUGUCAGCUGGAUCUUUGGCACAGAGGUGCAUUCGCAGGAGCCGCCAGACAGGGUAGUGGAAGUACGUACAUAAGCCAUGGACCAACAAAUGGGAAUGACCCUGAGUUGUAUGGUGGGGGCAAAAAAGGUUACGAAGUAAAACAUUUCGAGGGUGACUACAGCGACCAAGAACAAGAUAACUCCGACGACGAGAAAUCCUUCCGACAAAAUCUCAUUCGAAGUGAAUUCAAGAAAAGAAGACGUAGUAGCAGUUCUUCUCGUAGCCGUGCUCCCCCUGUCCCUGAGGAACCAGGGUGGGGCUGCCCUUUGAAAGAGGCAUCGAAUUUUGCGCACCUUACUGGGCUAUCUGUACAGGCGCGACUUCACUGCCUCAAAAUGAUAGAAGACGCUUUGAAAGCAAACGUUCGAGCAGAAGGCGCAGUUGAAAAUCUGAACGAUCUACUGUUCGCCGCGGGUGACAAGGCUAUUGACUUGGAAUAUAGCGUUUUCCGUGCCAGUAAGGUCCAUACCACUUACAGGGCUAAUAUCUUGAAGAAAGCUAACGACAUUAAAGCUGCCACUAAACAAGGCCAAUUGUACAAGCCCAGUAGCGAGAAAGAAGAAGCUAAAUCAGUACAGAAACCCGCUAAACGAAGGCUGCCAGUCGCUGAAGAUACCAUAUAUGACUUCGAUGAUGAAUUUGAGCUUGAUGAUGUCAACUUACUUGAUAUUGAGGACGACUGGUCGCGUGAUCAAACUUCAUUAAAUAUCGAAUCUCAUACUAGUACUCUCACGGACAAACCUAUGCAGAUUUCAAAUAGUGACGCAAACAGUGGUAUAACUAAUGAUAGAGCACGGAGCACCAAGCCAAAGCCAUCUUCAUUCAUACCAGCUAGUCAACUAGUUUCGAGCUCAGACUAUGAUUCAGAUUUCUUAAGUAAUGAUAAUUUUGGCAUCAGUAGUUUAGAUAAUUUUGACAAUAAAUUAAUGGAAGAUACUUCCAGAAAAUGUAAGGGUGCCGUAUUCGUCAAGGCUUGUCAAAUGGUUUCAAGGGACCAUAGCGAGAAACAUCGUGGAAACACUUCCAAGAAGAAUUAUCGUGCUACUGACUUAACUUCCAGUCAAGAGUCCGUAGACAAGACCUCUAGUUUACUGGAUUCAGACUUCGAAAUCAAGAAGAUUUCCAAAAAGGAAAAUCGUGGACAAAAGUCGAGCAUUAACACAAAACUAAAAACGAAAAGAAAAAAUAAACUGAAGAAUACAGUUUCGUCUGCUUCUAUUACGAGCUUUUUUGCGAAAGAAUCGAAUAGGUUGGCAAAAGCUACGACAACGACGACGACAACAUCCAAAGAACUGGUGGAAAGAUCACUGCAUGAAGACCCACGUUUGACACUUUGUGCAACAACUCUUUCUCCUUCUUCUCCUUCGUUAUCAGAGUUUCCAAUGCGAAAGCGAUCUUUGGACAGUAACGAUUCUCAUGAAACGAAAGAAUCGGCGCAAUUAUCUUCCAGGUCUUCCAAAAAGCCCAAGUUAAAUUUGGACUGUGAUUGGGACCCGUCUGUGGAUUGUAGUGAAGUGUUUGGCGAUAUGGAUGAUUUUCAGGCAACUGCUCACAUGAUGGACGAUUUGAGGAAUAAUCUUUYUCGAGAACCAGAAAAAAAGGAGCCAUCUAUCGAGCCACUUUCUUGGAGAAAUAUGGCUGAAGAUACAUCGAAGAGAACAUGCAAAACUUCAACGUUUGUUACUGCAUCAGAAAUGUUACAAAAGAAAGGCACCUUGGGGAAAGAUAAAGAUAAAAGCGUUUCUAGAACGGUAAAUAAGAAUCAUCAUCAUCACCAUCAUCACUCGCCAAAGCAACAUAACAAAGAAGCGAGGAAGAUGAAUAAAUAUUUGAACAACGCUGUCUUCUCUAAAUCCAAAACCAAAAAUGCAACUUUAGCAAUAAAAAGUUUUACAUCAAAGUCAAUUUCAGUUACUCCAAAGAAAACCUCAAUUUCACUGCAUUCACGGACGUCAUCAAGAAGCCCCGUAAAACAAGUUGCAUCAGUCGUUGUAAAGCAUUUGACGCCAUACUUAAAGAAUGGUCGAAUAUCAAGCAAGGAUUUAUUCAAGUCCCUUGCGAGGAAUGUGACUCACCAUGUUAUGGAAUCUAAAUCUGACGUAUCUGAGACAGAAUUGAAACCAGUUGUGAAAUCAACCAUCAAGCACCUCUUCUCGUUCUCCAAGAUGUAUACGAGUGAAAGCGUAUGGCAAAAUUUCAAGACCUCGUCGUUGACCAUACGCCUCUAACAGUCUUUAAUACAAAGUCGAGUAAUCACUGAUCACUAUAAUAGUUCUCGUAUUUGUAGUUAUAUGUUGCAAUUAUAGGAACCUUUCCAGUGUUUUGGGAUGUCGUAAUCUAUUUAUGAUCCACCAUUAUAACAUUGUUUCAUUACAACGCACUGAUAGAGACAAUAGUAGUGACAUGGAAAUAGGACAAUACAUCGCCGUCAAUCAAAUAUAUUCUUAUAUUGUUAGAGUAUAUAAAGGUACAUCGAAACCGUGACAAGGUACAUGGGAAACUAUACUGUAACAGUAGUGACAUGGAAAUAGGGCAGUGCACUGCCGUAAAUCAAAUAUAUUGUUAGAGUAUAUAAAGGUACAUACAAGUAUACACUAAGGCACAUGGAAACCUUGACAAGGUACAUGGGAAACUAUACUGUAACAGUAGUGACAUGGAAUUAGGGCAGUACACUGCUGUCCAUCAAAUAAAUCGUUAAGAUACAUAAAUAUACAUGGGGACCAUGAGAAGGUCACAACAGGGAAAACGGCAAUACACUGCCUUCGCUCAAAUAAAUCAUUCGGUUCAUUUACAUGACUUUGAUUAAUAGUAGUGUAUUACCUGAUUUCCCUUUCUUGACUGUUGUCAUGAUCAACCGGGCAUGUUACAAUGAGAACAGUGCUAAGUCAGUAUUGAAGCUACUUAUCCAUACGAAAACUGCGAAAACCUCGAAAUAAAGCUUUUGACCAAAAA